CAUUCCUCUGCCGUUAAAGGCUCCCCGAAACGCGUGAGAGCUGCGUCCCCGGUGACCGGAAUGAUCUGACUCCCCCCGGCGAGUUAGGACUUUGCGUUUGGACGAAGUGCGAUUGUAAAAGUCGCUCUCAGGCCACUUGGUGCGGCCAUUUCUUGCAGCGUUCAGCAGUGAAACCCACGUCAUUCUGUCAAACACCCCCCUCCCCUCUUUUUUUUUUCCCCCCUCCCUGUUGGACCAACAUCCAGAGUUUGGAAAACAGCUGGAUAGAGAUCUUGGAUCCGGAGCGCAAUCAUGAUGACCGGAUUUCGGCUGAACAUGUCGCCGCUGAAGGAGCCUCUGGGCUUCGUCAAACUGGUGGAGUGGCUCACGGCCAUAUUUGCUUUUGGAAGUUGUGGUGGAUUCUCAGGGAGGAACAUCGUAUCUCUCUUCUGCGGCGAUGGGAGGAAUGAAACUCUCAGUGCCAACUUCCACUACCCAUUUAGGUUAAGCCAAGUCCCGCUCGUCGAGGGAAACACCACUAUUUGUAACCACUCUGUCACGACGACUCACAUGGUGGGAGACUCAGCCUCCUCAGCCGAGUUCUUUGUGGGUAUCGCUAUUGUCUGCUUCCUGUACAGCAUGGUGGCUCUGUUGGUUUAUUUAGGCUACAUGCACGUCUACAAGGACUCUGACUUUGGACCCAUUUUUGACUUUGUGGUCACAGCGAUCCUGGUCUUCCUGUGGCUAGUGUGCUCAUCUGCCUGGGCGAAGGGCCUGCAGAAUGUGAAGGACGCCACAGACACUGAAGGCAUCAGUGCCACGCUGGCGCUCUGCAAGGGCAGCAACAUCACCUGUGAGGUCACGGAGUUUGCCAGCAUGCGAACCCUCAACAUCUCGGUGGUGUUUGGCUACCUCAACAUGUUUGUGUGGGCGGGCAACGCCUGGUUUGUGUACAAGGAGACUCGUUGGCACUCUCAGAAAUUCUCAUCCCAGUCUGGACAUGGAAGACAACAGGUCCCUGCACCCAUCUAAUUGAGUCCCGUUGCCCCCUAGUGGUUGUUAUCAGAUAUGGAAACGUCUGCACAAGACUAAACUAGGAUUAUUCAGUAACGACACCAGUGUGGAGAUGUCCUCUUUCUCGUAGUACGUUGAUGAGGUGAAUCCAUAAGAGUUUUUACUCUCAAAGAUGCUCCUCGGCAAGGUAAAGCUGUGCAUUCAAGCAGACGAGUUAAAUUGUUAAGCUUUAAGACACUAAGACAUACACUGUGUAAAAAUGCCUCCAACCCAAAUAUUAGGGAAGGUAGCGUGUACAUUAAGUGUAUAAUAUCCUUAUCACAACAUGCACAUUGCACUCUUAUGGCGCUUAAUUUGCAUUGAUGAUAUCCCUCUAAGCGCUAUGAGAGUGUAAAACCAUAAAGAAUACUUGAUUGAGAGUUGGGUACUUAAUUAAUUCAGGAAGGUGAUGCUGUGUGAGUGCAGCCAGAGUUUGAAAUCUUUCAGUUCCUCCGAAGGCUUUGAUUUAUUUAGCAUCUACCAAAGUACCAGUUAAAGGAUAAAUCCUUCCUUUUCUUGUAAUACCAUGUUGAAUGUAGUAGAAACUUGCUCUUGCUUUUCAAUCGUUUUUUUUUCUUUUUUUGCAUCACUGUUAAACAGAAACUAUUUUGCCAAAGCAAUAUUUUCUUUUUUCCUGUUUAAGCUUAUUUCAUAUCUGUGAUGUUAAAUCAAUAAUCCUGUUGUUGUUCGAACCAGUCCGUCUUGUUUUUUGAUUUUCUAGUUUUUUUGAAUCCUCCAUGAGACACUAAACAGUGAGCUGCUGUAGUGUUUUUUAAACUCUGUCACUUUCUUUGUUUUAUUUUUCAUUUUCAGUAUAUGUAGACAGUUAGUUUGAUUGGUUUUUGAUUUUCAUCUUUUUCUAUUGACUUUAUUGUAAAAAAUGUAUGUUGGAUGGUGUUUCUAAUUCAUUUAACUUUGCUGAAGGACAAACUUAAAUGAAACAACAACUGUGUGUGUCGUACUGGUUAUGCCGCUGCUCUUUUGUAGUCAUCAUCCAACACACUAUAGCUUUGUCAAUGAUUCCUAUGCAUUUAACCUGCCAAACUGUCUUAUUCAAGAGAGACAUACACUCUGUGAAAUGACAAAUUUCAAUGUACCUUUGUUUUUUAAAUAAAAAUUAAUGAUUUUUUCAUUAAUCUCUUUAGUGAACCUCUUAUCCAUCUGCAAAUUUGCAUGUGGUUGUAUGUGUGCAUAUACAUGUCUGUGACUG